AUGAUAGCAUAUGAUCCUGUUAUUCUUCAAACACGAUAUCGUAAAGAUUUAGCGGGACAACUUGGAAAUUUGUUAUCACGUAGUACUUCUUUGGCACUUAAUCCUUCAUCAACGGUACCAUCUAAACCAUUAAUUAUUGAAGGC